UAAAUGACUACAACUCCCAGCGCGCAUCGCGCCGCAGCAUAGGCAGAAGAUGGCGGCGCCCCGCGGUGCACGCCGGGAGCUGCAGUCCUCACCCGCUGCCGUUAACGGAAGGGGCGGAGCUAACGGACUACCAACCCCAUCACCCCCCGCGCUCGCGCAUGCGCUCGCAGCGGAAGUGGAGGCGGGGGCGCGCGUGGCGUCGCCUCAGCGUCGGCUCCGCUCGGCGGCGAGGCCGCGUAGGGAUCGCGAGGGUUCUGUCGCGAUAGAGCGGAGCUGUCGGCGAUAGAGGAACAGCGCUGGGAUGUACAAUGGGAUCGGGCUGCCGACGCCGCGGGGCAGCGGCACCAACGGCUACGUCCAGCGCAACCUCUCGGCCCUGCGGCCCAAGAAAGGGGGGGCGGGCGGGGACCCCCCCCCCGGCGAGGAGGAGCUGAAACGUCUCGAGGCCGCCCUGGCCAAGAAACCCAACGCCGACAUCCUCGACCACCAGCGCAAGAGGAGGGUGGAGCUGAAAUGCCUGGAGCUGGCCGAGCUCAUGGAGGAGCAGGGGGCCACGGAGACGCACCAGCAGGCCGAGGCUAACGAGCGCAAGAACGAGCGGCUCCGCGCCGCCUUCGGCAUCAGCGACUCCUACGUGGACGGGAGCGCCUUCGACGCCGCCCGCAGGGCCAAGGAGGAGCCCCCCGAGGCGCCCAGCGCCGCCCCCGAGGAGCUGAGCUCCCGCUCGCCCUCCCCGAAGCAGAAAAAGAAGAAAAAGAAGAAGGAUCGGGGCAGGUCCGCCAGUCGCUCCGGGGAGAGGAAGAAGAGCAAGAAGAAGAAGCACAGGUCUGAAUCGGAGGCCAAGAAGCGAAAGCACCGCUCUCCCAGCCCCAAGGCCAAGCACAAGGCCAAGGAGAAGAAGCGCAAGAGAUCCACCAGCCAAUCGCAGAAGCCGGAGCGCUCUUCCUCCCCGGCCGGCUCCUCCUCUUCCUCAGGCUCCUCCCGCAGCAGGUCCCGUAGCGCCACGGCCCCGACCCCGACCCCGGCGCCGCCGCCGCGCCGCGAGGAAGAGGAGGAGGCGCCGCCGCCGCCUUCGGCCUCGCCCGCCGCCGCCGCCCCUCCCCCCCCGCCGCAGGAGCCGCAGCAGCCGGAGCCGCUCCCGCCACCGUGUCCGGUCCCCGCGGAGCCGCCGGCCGUGAGGAGAAGCCCCUCCCCCACCACCGCUGGCCCCGCCCCUUCUGCGUCAUCACCCAAACGUUCAUCAGCCCCUCCCCUUCCGGCCACGCCCACUCUUCCCCCCCCUCCCCCUCCUCCUCCUCCUCCUCCUCCUCUUCCUCUUCCUCCUCCUCCAUCCUCCUCCUCCUCCUCCCGCCGCUCCCGUUCCCGCUCCCGUUCCCGUUCCCGCUCCCGUUCUUCCCAACGCCGCCGCCUCCGUUCCCGCCAUCGCUCCCGUUCCCGCCAUUCCCGCUCCUCCCGACGCCGUUCCCGCUCCUCCCGCCGCCGUUCCCGCCGCCGUUCCCGCUCCUCCCGCCGCCGCUCCCGCCGCCGCCAUUCCCGGUCCCGUACCCCGUUAUGGACGCCCGGCGGUACCGGGACGUCGCCGUUGCGUUGGCCCGGUGCCGGUUCGGCGCUGCCGCCGCCGCUCACCAUGCCCAACUGCAUCCCCACCGGAAGUAAUUCCCGCUUCCGGUCGAGGUCACGGUCGAGGUCAAGGUCAAGAAGGAGGUGGGGGAGGUCGAGGACGCGGUCGAGGUCGCGGCGGAGGUCGAGGUCGCCGAUACGGAGAUCGCGAUCAAUUCGUCGAUCGCGAUCAAUACGCCGAUCCCGAUCAAUCCGAAGAUCCCGAUCAAUCAGAAGAUCCCGAUCAAUCAGAAGAUCCCGAUCAAUUCGCCGGUCACGUUCACCAAUCAGAAGAUCCCGAUCGAUCCGAAGGUCGCGAUCGAUCCGAAGAUCACGAUCGAUUAGAAGAUCCCGAUCGCCGAUCCGCCGAUCUCGCUCCCGCCGCCGAUCGCGCUCAUCGAUGCGCCGAUCCCGAUCAAUCCGCCGAUCCCGAUCGAUCCGCCGAUCCCGUUCCCGACGCCGCUCCCGCCGCCGAUCGCCGUCACCGUCGCCCUCCCCCGAUCGCCGCAGCCGCCGACGUCGCCGGAGCCGCUCGGAAUCUUCCGGAAAAUCGCGACAUGGCGGCGGCGGCGGAGCGACGGCGCUAUCGCGACGGAGCCGCUCGCUGUCGUCGCCGGCCACGCCCAAAAAACGCGCCCGCGACCAACGGGAGCGCUCGGCGUCGCGGAGGAGGGGGCGGAGCGAGAGCGCGUCACCCACACCGCCACCAAUAGCACCCAUGGGUGCCACCGGGGUGGGUGGUGCCACCUCGCCGGUGCCAGCGCGGCCUAAGUGGGUGCCAUUGGCUGAGCUGCAGCCGCCCAAGGGGGUGACAACGACAACCGGGGUGACAUCGGGGGUGGCAGCGUCCAAAUGGGUGCCCAUAGGGGGGGCACAGCCGGCGCCACCUGGCACGGAGGGGGGUGGCACCAAAGUCACCUCUGAUGCCACCAAAGCCACCCCAGAUGGCACCAAAACCACCCCGGAAGUGACCAAAGCCACCUCAGAUGCCACCAAAACCACCCCUGAGGUGACCAAAACCACCCCUGAGGUGACCAAAACCACCUCAGAUGCCACCAAAACCACCCCAGAUGCCACCAAAGCCACCCAAGAUGGCACCAAGGCCACCCCAGAAGGGGUGACAGCGGCGGUGACACCGGACAAACCACCUGUGGUGGCUGAGGGGACACCAGGGAUGGCACCAAAGGUGUCACCAGCGGGGAAAGUGGCCGGAAGUGACAAUAAAAUGGGUGGAAGUGACAGCAAAAUGGCGGCCAAUGAAAACAAAAUGGCGGCGAGUGAACACAAAAUGGCGGCGAGUGAAAACAAGAUGGCGGCCAGUGAAAACAAGAUGGCGGCAAGUGACAAUAAAAUGGCGGCAAGUGAAAACAAGAUGGCGGCAAGUGACAACAAGAUGGCGGCAAGUGACAAUAAAAUGGCCGGAAGUGACAUUAGAAUGGCCGGAAGUGACAAUAAAAUGGCAGCGAGUGAAAACAAAAUGGCCGCCAGCGAUAACAAAAUGGCGGCAAGCGACAACAAAAUGGCUGCCAGUGAAAACAAGAUGGCGGCAAGUGACAAUAAAAUGGCUGGAAGUGACCACAAAGUGACCGGAAGUGACAAUAAAAUGGCGGCAAGUGAAAACAAAAUGGCCGCCAGUGAAAACAAGAUGGCGGCAAGUGACAACAAAAUGACCGGAAGUGACCCCAAGGUGACCAACGGCGACCCCAAAGCCGCCACCCCAAGUGACCCCAAACCGCCGCUGUCCCCAAGUGUCCCCAAGCUGGAGGUGACGCCCCCACCCGUCCCCAAGGCCACGCCCACGUCCCCAAAUGUCCCCAAAAUGGCGACGCCACCGCCGGAACCCAAAGUGACGUCACCAAAUGUCCCCAAAGCGUCCCCACGCUUGGGGACACCCUUGGGGACGCCGCCACCGCCGCCACCGGGGUUGCCCAGGGUGCUGGCACGGCCACCAGGGGGCGCUGGUGGCACCUUGGGGACAUCGUUGGGGACAUUGCUGCCGGCGGCGCGCCUCAGUUUACCCUCGUCACCCGUGGCGGCCUCGGCAUUGCCGAUGAUGUCACCGAUGAUGUCACCGAUGUCACUUGUCACCAAGAGGGUGGGCGGUGUCACCAAGGGAGGUGGCACCGUCACCAAGGGUGUCACCAAAAUGGGCGUGGUGGCACCCAAGGGUGCUGGUGGCACCGUAGGGGUGGCACUGAUGGACAGCAAGGGUGGCAAUGUCACCAAGGGCACCGUAGGUGACACCAAGGGUGGCAUUGUCACUAUGGGUGACAGCAAGGGUGGCAUUGUCACUGUGGGUGACACCAAGGGUGGCAUUGUCACCACAAGUGUCCCCAAGGCCACCACAGGUGACAUUGUCACCAUGAAUGUCACCAUGGGAGCCACCAUGGGUGACACCAAACCUGGAGUUGUCACCAUGGAUGUCACCAAGGCCACCACAGGUGACACCAAACCUGGAAUUGUCACCAUGGAUGUCACCAAGGCCACCACAGGUGGCAUUGUCACUACAGGUGACACCAAACCUGGAAUUGUCACCAUGGAUGUCACCAAGGGUGGUGGCAUUGUCACCUCAGGUGUCCCCAAGGCCACCACAGGUGGCAUUGUCACCAUUGGAGCCACCACAGGUGACACCAAGCCUGGCAUUGUCACCUCAGAUGUCCCCAAAGCCACCAUAGGUGACACCAAGAGUGGCAUUGUCACCAUGGGAGCCACCACAGGUGACACCAAGAGUGGCAUUGCCACCUCAGAUGUCCCCAAGGCCACCAUGGAUGUCACCAAGGCCACCAUGGGAGCCACCACAGGUGACACCAAGCCUGGCAUUGUCACCAUGGGUGACACCAAGGCCACCAUGGGAGCCACCACAAGUGACACCAAGCCUGGCAUUGCCCCCAUGGGUGACACCAAAGCCACCCCAGGUGCCACCAGGCCGGGUGGCGCUGUCCCCUCGGGUGUCCCCUCGGGUGUCCCCAGGUGUGUCCCCAGCGGGGUCAGUCCCUUGGGCGCCGCCAUCCUCAGGGCCAGCGCCGACGCCACCGCCAAGGCCACGGCCAUGGCCACCAGGGCCACCCUCGAUGUCACCAGGGCCACCAGUGUCACCAGUGUCACCAUGGCAACGGCUCCCAGUGUCACCAGUUCCAGCGUCACCAUUGUCACCAGUUCCAGUGCCACCAGUGUGAGCAGUGUCAUCGGUCCCAGUGUCACCAAUGCCACCAGUAUGAGCAAUGUCAUCGGUCCCAGUGUCACCAGUAUGAUCCAGUCAGUUCACCAUAAGCAGCCCCGUUGUUCACCAGUGUCACCAGUAUGA